AUGGUUGCUAAAACAGAUGAAUUUAUAUGCCUAUUUGGUGAGAAUUAUCUGAAAAAACACAAGAGGAAGCAGAUGGCCAUUGUUUGUUUCAAUGAAAUGAGAGAGUUAGCCAGACUUCUCAUAGCUUUGAGAGAAGCAACGGUUAUCGAGAAUCACAGCUUAGCUGAUGCAAUAGAUCCAGUGAUGUUUGAUACUGUAGACAAUAAUCCCUACCUGUUUGCUUACCCUGAUACCAUCCGUUGGACGAGAGGUGACGUAGCAAUACGCAGAUUUACGAAGAAAGCUGAUUUGGAGUAUCCCAAUGAAAUAACUGCGAAUAAAUCACGGAAGCAAAUCGCUGCAGUGAUGCAAAUUCUGAAUCUCAAUAAAGAAGAGUCGGAACAAUUCGCACAAUCUAUGGCACAUACAGAAAAAACACAUAAUGAGUUUUACAAGUGA